AUGCUUCCUUUGCUUGCCUUAAUAUGCUUCUUCUCCGUCUGUCUUGGCCUGGGUAUCAAAAGAGACCAGACCUUUGAACAUGGUCAGAAGUUGCAAGAUCUGGGGAAUGACCAGGCUAUAAGCCGCUUCCCUCCUCCUCGUCAAACACAGCAACAUACACAUGAUCCUACUAUUCUGCGUGUAGGUGAUGAAUAUUAUCUCUAUCAUGUUGGCGAACACAUUUUCAUCCACACUGCGCCGAGUAUGGCUGGCCCAUGGAAGCGUGUUGGCAGUGUGCUAGAUGCCAAGAGUGUAAUCCCGAAGGGUGAUCGAGCCGCUCCCUGGGCCCCAGACGUUAUCGCCGUGGACGGCACAUACUAUUGCUAUUAUAGUGUUAGCAAGGCCGGCUGCCGUGAUAGUGCUAUUGGCGUGGCCACCUCCAACUCUCCCGGCCCGGGGAACUGGUAUGACCAUGGCGUUGUCAUCCAAACAGGCACGGGCAAUGGAUCAGAUAUCUAUCCUUACACUGUCUCAAAUGCAAUAGACCCGAGCACAUUGGUCACUCCCGAUGGACAUGCUUAUUUAACUUUUGGAAGCUACUGGAAAGGAAUAUUCCAAAUUCCACUGAGCAAGGACCUUCUUUCCCCAGCCAGCACUACCAAACCAGAUGAACGUCAACUGGCGUGGGAGCCUGAAUCCCUCGGCUCGCCGAAUCGCAUGGCCAACAAUAUCUGCGGUGACCCGAGCGGUCCUCAUGCCAUUGAGGGUGCUUAUAUCUCCUACAAUGAUGGAUGGUACUAUCUCUGGUUCAGCCAUGGUUUCUGCUGCAAUCUCAAUGAAGAUAACCUGCCACCCGCUGGCCAAGAAUAUUCCAUCCGCGUUGGACGCUCUCACAGUCCCCGUGGGCCAUUCACAGACAAGGCUGGUACGGACCUUGUCAAAGGCGGCGGUGAACUUAUCUACGGUUCGAACGGAGAGACUUAUGCCCCAGGUGGGCAAUCUGUCAUACGCGACGGCGAUACCGAUGUACUCUACUACCACUACUUGAACACGACAGUUGGUCUUGCAUUCCAGGACGCUUUCCUUGGAUUCAAUCCUCUCAAAUAUGUUGAUGGAUGGCCCGUCGCUCAGGGAUGA